CAACAAGUACGAUAUUCCUAAUAAAGACAUUAAUCCAUCAAAAAUAAUAAAUACCUUGUAAUGCAGAAACUACAGGGUUUCAGAUACCACCAUCUUUUGAAACACACAGCGAACAGCGAGAAAUGAAAUAAAAGCAGUAGAAACAAAAACAUAAAAGUAAAAUGGAAGGAUGGACAAACAAAACACAGGCUUUAAUCGCCAUAUGGUCCGAUGAACAGAUCCAAGAAAUGGGGCACACGUGAAGUGGAAAACCGACAUAAAAGUACCACACUUUUGGUACUUUAUGGAAGUACCGAUAGUACCAAAACUACGGUACCUGUUGCGGUGGAAAAGCGCCCUAAGAGGAUAUCAGCUUAUCAGCGGAGUGACAACAAAGAGUGUUAGACAAUUUGUAUACGAUGUUGUAUCAAUGAGGACAGAGGUACCUGGCCCGAAGUCUAAGGAGCUAACAAGGCAACUGGGACAGGUUCAGAAUGCCACAACGGUGAACUUCUUUUGUGAUUAUGAAGAGAGUCAGGGUAAUUACCUGGUGGAUGUGGAUGGAAACCGGAUGCUGGAUGUGUACACACAGAUGGCCUCCAUCCCCAUCGGUUACAAUCAUCCAGCGCUACUGUCAGUACUGACAAACCGCCACAAUCUGGGUUCCUUUGUAAACUGGCCAGCUCUUGGAGUGCUGCCUCCUCCGUACCUUCCAGAUAAUCUGACUGAGGGUCUGCUUUCAGUUGCCCCCAAAGGGAUGAGUCGAGUUCAGACUAUGGCCUGUGGCUCUUGCUCCAAUGAAAAUGCCUACAAAGCCAUAUUCAUUUGGUACCAGAAAAAACAAAGGGGAAACAAUGAGCCAACGGCAGAAGAGUUGAGCUCAAGUGUGAUCAGCCAGCCUCCAGGCUGUCCUCACCUAACCAUCCUGUCUUUCAUGGGUGGGUUGCAUGGGAAAACUUUAGGCUGUCUGUCCACAACGCACACGAAGGCUCUCCCGAGGCUGGAUGUCCCUUCUUUUGAUUGGCCAAUCGCACCUUUCCCCAAACUGCGGUACCCCCUGGAAGAGUUUGUCAGAGAAAAUGCGCAAGAAGAAGUCCGAUGCCUAGAAGAGACAGAGGACCUUAUUGUCAAGUGGGGAAAGAAAGCAAAACCGGUGGCAGGAAUAGUGAUCGAGCCCAUCCAGGGAGAUGGGGGCGAUAACCAUGCAUCUCCAGGAUUCUUCAGAGCGCUGCGAGAAAUCGCACGGAACCAUGGCUGUGCCUUCCUGGUGGAUGAGGUGCAGACAGGAGGUGGAGCUACGGGCAAAUUCUGGGCUCAUGAGCACUGGGGUCUUGAUGACCCUGGAGAAAUUGUUUCCUUUAGCAAGAAAAUGCUAACAGGAGGUUACUACUACAGAGACGAGCUGACACCUGACAAGCCAUUCAGAAUCUUCAAUACCUGGAUGGGGGAUCCAACUAAAAACCUUUUGCUCAAUGAAGUGCUAAAUGUGAUCAAGACUGAGAACCUCCUGGAGGAAGUGAGGAAUUCUGGGAGAGUGAUGCUGCAAGGCUUGUAUGAGCUGCAGGCCCGUUACCCUCACACCCUUAGUGCCGCCAGGGGUCAAGGGACCUUCUGUGCCAUUGAUGUCAAAGAUGAGACCACACGAAACAGCCUCAUCCUCAUAGCUAGGAACAGGGGUUUGGUCUUCGGGGGCUGUGGAAAACAAUCGAUCAGGUUCCGCCCCGCCCUGAUAUUCAAGGAGCACCAUGUACAUCUCUUCCUCCACAUCUUUAAUGACACGCUGGCAGAGCUGCAGCAGAGGAGCUAAAAAUCGGACUCAAGUAUAAUUCACACCAGAAAGGGCACUGAUUCAUAUACACAAUGAUACUUUUGAAAUGGCCAGAUCAGCUUUUUUCUUUAAUGUACGUUAAAAAAUAAAUGCACCAAGUUUCUCAGAUUACUGAAAACAGGUACAAUAUCAGAUAUCUAAACUUACUUUACUUAUGUAAAAUACACAUUUUCAAAGCUAUGAUCACGGUAUUUCUAACAUACACACGAUUUAGUUUGUAUUUUAAUGUGUUGAAAAACAGGGGCAAACAUCCAUUUGGCUGGUUAGUUAUGGAAACUGCUGACUUGCGGUUAUGUUUUAUUGUUUCAGCUAUAUAAACUUAUUUUGACACCAUAUGAAGAAUUUUCAAUUUUGCUGACAUUAUUUACUCUCAGCAAAAAUGUGUACUUAUGAUUUGAAAGACUUGUUGUAAGAAUAAAUAAAAGCCGGGCCAUCAAAA